AUGCAGCGUAGGUGUACAUCUGCGCUGCGAAACCCUCGCAUCCUUGCACGCAUCCUCUCCUUCACCCCCUGGUCCGACUUCAACUCCUUUCUCGCUACCUGCUCUCAGGUCCGGCGUGUCUGGGACGACCGCGAACUCAGAGAUAUCAUCCUGUCCCAUUAUGUCGACAGCUACCGCCAAGCACUCCGCUACAGAGACAUCGCACUCUUUCAAGACGUAGACGUCACAAUCCAAGACCUCAAUCUACUAAUGCUUUCCCAACGAGUUCCGCUCCACCAAUAUCCUAUGCAUGCUCUUGGCGUGCUCUCCUCUCACGAUCCUGCGGAACAGCUUGCCUCAUCCGAGUUGUCAGACAGACUAGUCGCCUUUGCCCUUGCUCAUUCCCGCUUCGUACUCUUGCUCCAGUCCGUCGUACACAGUUCACCGUUACCCCUCCCGAUUGAUCCCCAGUCCCGAUCACCUCCGCCCAUCACUUCAUCUAUCUCACGUCAUGGAAACCGUGAAUUAUCAUUUCCCGCUCCCCUCGCAUUCCUUUCUGAAAUUCAAAGCGUACCGCCAACCAACGACACACGCCGAAAAUCCCUGGACACCCCUCGUUUCCGAAUGAGUAAUCCUAGCCCUUUGUCACGCGAAGCCACCUCCAAGUUUGGCGGGAGCGCACCUUCGUUCUCAACCUCCACCCUCGUCGAUCCUAACAGACCACACAGAUCCAGGAAACUUUCCAUUUUCGGAGGAAAGAAUCCCCCACCUCCCCCUCCCACAGAACCUCGGGCUCUGAAAUAUUACGAAGCCGGAUGGAGGAGAGCAUCCCGAUCAGCUAAGACAGCGCCCCCAUCACCUUCCACUAGGGGUAUCAUUUCGGAUGAGGAUGUUUCCAGACGGUUCACGGGUUCACAUCAUCGGAGAGCAUCCACAGACGUUGCUAGUUCUACGUCAUCAAUAAGUAGUUCAUCAUCUCCGUCGUCUUUGCGUCCAACGAACGGCGAUACUCGAGUGCCGGACUCUCCGCACGAUCUCUACGCCGCGACGUCUCGGAUACGGGCGCCCGUGUUGCGCGUGUUCGUACCCUGUACCACCCUGUCCCCCCAAGCAAUAGCGGCAUGCGAGGAACAGCUUCUCGCAGCGGAACUUUGGCAAUACCUUUCCACCGGCGAUAUCGUGUGCAAUCUGGGCUAUGUGCCCUCUCCGUCCGAACACAGCCCUGCAGACGAAAGUAAAGACGGUGAUAAAACAGACCCUCGCAACACAUGGCUGUUAUAUGACGGUAGAGCACUUCUGCCAUUUAGUCCUCCUGCGUCGCCACCACUGUCGGACCCCCUGGCUUUGCCCACGCCGUUCUAUUACACCCACCUGAUGCCUAGCCAGGUGUGCCCUCGGUUUGCAUUCGCACCUCCCGGAGGAAAAGGAGUUCCCGAACUUACGCUGGUGGAGACUGCGUGUCGUGUUCGGAGUCCUGCAUCCCCAGGAGGUUGGGCGAUGGCGAGGAAAUUCAUGUGGGUAGCACGUGCACGGGUAGGCAUGGGAUUUGUAGAUGUGGAUGAUGGUCUUGGUGAGGGCUGGCGAGGGGAAUGGGUACUAGAGGCGGAAGGGUCGACCGAAGGAAGGCAAACCCUGAUUGACUGCCUUUCGGGGGUGUCAGGUGACGUCUUCGUGUGGGAGAUGAUUCGCGAGAAGAGUGGUGGAGGACGCAUAUGGCUCCGGUACGUGCUUCUACGUGCAAAUCGUGUUGGUGAUCGUCGAUUUAAGCCCUUUCUAGGUUUAUCGAACCACUGA